AUGGUCUGGAUACCAGAAAACGACAUCUUCGUAUUCGACGGACUUUUUAAGGAAGAGAUCCAGUCAUUGCUCGAUGGAAAUGUUACUCCUACGAAACGUCAGGUGCUGCGGGUCGUCAUGAGCAUUUUCGAUCCACUUGGAUUGGUGGCACCUUUCGUAGUUCACGGAAAAAUACUUGUCCAAAAUAUUUGGCGGUCAGGUAUUUCCUGGGAUGAUCGCAUUCCUGACGAAUUACUUGCUCACUGGCAGCGCUGGACCCUACUCCUGCAACAACUUAAGGAAAUAUCUAUUUCUCGGUGCUAUUUUCCCGGCUAUGAUCCACGAAGCUAUGACGACAUCGAACUUCACACGUUUGUGGAUGCCAGUGAAGAUGCUUAUGCUUGUGUAUCCUACUUUAGAAUGGUAGAUCGAGGGGAAAUUCGCUGUUCCCUCGUUGCUGCCAAGACGAAAGUGGCUCCUUUGAAACCAUUGUCCAUCCCAAAACUGGAGCUUCAAGCAGCCGUCAUAGGAGCUCGAAUGACGAAGAAUAUUGUGGAAAAUCACACUAUAAAAGUAAAACGGCAGGUGAUGUGGACCGAUUCCAGCACGGUAUUGUCUUGGCUACGGUCGGACGUGCGGAAAUAUCGUCAAUACGUGGCGUUUAGAGUUUCGGAAAUUUUGGAUCAUACUUCCGUGGAUGAAUGGCGCUGGGUUUCAUCAAAAUGGAAUGUCGCUGACGAUGCCACGAAAUGGGGCAAGGGCCCUAGAAUCGAUAGUAACAGUCGUUGGUUCAAAGCUCCAGAGUUCAUAAACCGCCUUUCGGAAUUCUGGCCAGACCAUGUUUUUCCUCCUGCUGGUACAACUGAAGAACUCCGUCCAGUACACGCUCAUCGAGGAAUCCGUAUGCAGCAGCUAUUGAAUUUCGGAAGAUUUUCCAAAUGGGAACGAUUGGUUCGUGCGGUUGCUUACGUGUACAGAUUCAUCAAUAUUCUUCAGCGUAGAGUGCAUGGCAAAUCAUCCGAAACAUCGAAGUGGUUGAGCAGGGAGGAAAUACUAACAGCAGAGAGAACAAUCUGGAAGCAAAUACAGUUCGAGGAGUAUGCCGACGAGAUUCUCGUCAUUAGUAUGAAUCAGAAGCUACCCUUGGAGAAGCGUGAACGUUUGGAUUCGAACAGUAAACUCAUCAAACUUUCACCGUUCUUGGACGAUCGCGGAGUUUUACGUAUGGAAACUAGGAUGGCAACCCGAUCAGAAAGAAAUAACAAAAUUAUUACAGACUGA